AUGGCUGUAAGAUCUGAACGUGAAAAAUCUAAAAUGCAAGAAAAAUAUCAAGCAAUACUUGCACAAAUGCUCAAAGAAGAAGAUAAUAAAUAUUGUGUUGAUUGUGAUACAAAAAGUCCACGAUGGGCUAGUUGGAAUAUAGGUGUAUUUAUAUGUAUUCGUUGUGCUGGUUUUCAUCGUAAUUUAGGUGUGCAUAUAUCACGAGUGAAAUCAGUGAAUUUAGACUCGUGGACAGCCGAACAGAUUGCUUCAAUGCAAGCUAUGGGUAAUAGUCGUGCGCGAGCUGUAUAUGAAGCAAAUUUGCCUGACGGAUUUCGACGGCCGCAAGGUGAUUCAACGUUAGAAUCAUUUAUUCGAGCUAAAUAUGAACAACGUAAAUGGAUUGCGAAAGAGUGGAUUCCUCCUGCAAUCACGGUGCCUAUUGAUCUCAUCGAAUCAGAAACAAAUCAACGACGAACUGAAACUAAGUCUGACAUCGAAAGAGUAGAAAAAAAUGUUGCGAAAUUAAAGCCAUUUGCAGUACCCGUAUCGAUUAGUAAGCCAGUACAACAAAUUACAAAAACAGUAUCACCUCCUGUGAUAAUACCUCCUGUAGAAAAUGAUACUCAAGAUCUACUAAAUUUAGAUGAACCAACAUUUCCUUCAUCGAAUAAUGAAAUCCAUUCAACAACUCUUCCUUCAACUGACAUUCUUGAUCCACUAAGCGAGUUAUUUACAACAGCAGCGACAAUCUCAUCGCAGAAUCAUACAGAAAAUAAUACUCAAACCAAUCAUAGUGCACUUAUGACUAAUGAAAACAUUAUGGCUUUAUUUAAUAAACCUCAACCAUCGGCAGCACCAGGCACAGGAAUGCAUAUUCGACCAGCACAAAUUCCACUAUCGAAUCUUGCAUUUCCGGGUUUUCCUUAUUCUUCAGCACAACAUUCUCAAUUAGUCCCUCCACAAAAAUCCAUGUCGUUUACUAAUAAUCUUUAUCAACAAGCAACAAAUGUCGGAUUUCAAGCUCAAUCAGGUCAUCCACAUCAAGUACGUCCAGGGAUAAAUUAUAAUAAUCUAAACGGUAUGUAUUCAUCAAAUCUUGCAAGUCCAACAUCAACACUUACACAUAGCCAAGCAAAUAGUCAAUUUCUUCAAUUUGCAAGUACAAGAAGUAGUAGCUCAACAGCAGCAUUAAUAUCUCAGAUGCCAACACGUUCUGUGACAGAAUACAUACCAGCAUCGUCUGAUACUCGUUGGCAAUAA